AUGGCUGGCAACAAGCCGCUCUUUCCUGUUCCAUUAGAGGAUAUAUCCGACAGUGACUGCGCGGAGCAGUCGACCGAUGGUUUCCACCAAGUGAAAAAGAAGAAGAAGACAAUGGACAGCCAAAACUCAUCUGCUGCAGAAACGUCCACCGGUUCGAAACACAAACGCAAGCAGGCCGUGCCCCUCGGUUCGUCGGACCCAGAAACGAAUCGGCUGCUGCAAAAUAACAAGUUUGCACUGCUGCCUGUAGAAAAUGGUAACAGCGAACCCAUCGCUAAAAACAGAGCGGGUCCCCUCGCUAUUCACCCCCCUCCGGGAUAUGCUGAAGCUACAACGGAGCUUGCCAAUUUAUCGCUGGAACCUCUCUACAAAAAAUGUAGCAAAGGUACCAAAAUCCUGUGCUCCAACAUGGAGGAGUACAACAAAGUGAGUGAUCUUCUAGCCACGCACCAGGUGCCCUACUACACGCAUGACAACCCAGCAACGAAGCCACUGAAAGUGGUACUGCGUGGUUUGCCUGCUUUGGCCGCAUCGACAGUGAAAGCCGAGCUAGAGCAGGUUGGCCUUAAAGUGGAAGCGGUUUUUCCGAUGAAUCGCCGAUCCCAAACCAUCAAGGACGACCCCUUCCGAGAUGAGCUGUUCUUGGUACACUUCACUAAAAGAAGCACGUCUAUCGGUACACUGCGUAAUAUCAAACAUCUGUUCCACACCAUCAUCCAGUGGGAACCUUAUCGUCCUCAACACCGUGACGUAACCCAGUGUACCAUCUGA